AUGGUGAUCGCGGAACAGCUGACGUGCCAUCUCCAGACGGGUGAUUUCGACAGCGCCGCGGACGCGAGCAGGCAUAUCAAGUACUCCCCCGAGGGCAGGCGCGACCUUUACAACCUCUGUCUGACCUCACGCCGCAUGUACAUCAUCGCGCUUGGUCCCCUCUACCGGGACAUCACACUGACCUCUGACGCCACCGCCAUGAGGCUGUGCAACACCCUGAUAAAAAAGCACCCGCAUCUCACGAGACAGGUGCAGUCCAUCACCCUCGCAUUUUCAUUGAUGCCCAAAAGCAGCAGCGGCUACCGCAUAGCGAAUAUGAUCUAUCGCCGCUUGCCCCGCCUGAAGACGCUGUCAAUCCUCCCCCUGGAUAUCAGCUUCGGCAACCACAAGGAAAAGCACAAUUGCAGCUCGUUCCUAAGGAAAGUGAACAAGGGCAUCAAGAGAAACAAAUCCGUCACGGGGGUACGGACGCUACGACUUCGGCCAGCAGCUUGGGGCCGCCGCUGGGGCGGAUUUGACCUAUACCAGGAUCGGAUCUCGCUGCCUCUAAUCCUGGAUGCGGCAACGAUGCAUGGGGUCAGCAUCCUGGAGAUUCACAGAGAUAAUGGCCCCUUCCACGUACCGCACUUCUCGUGGGAUAGGGGAGUUUCGAGGCUGGACUGGAAUCACGUCGAACACAAAAUAAUGGGAAAAUGGAUGUAUCUGGCCAAGCAUAAGUUAACCGCGGCCAAGGUUAACAGCGCGGUUCAGGAGCUGCGGCUGGUCGAGAGCGGGAUGAGCAGCUUCGACUUGCGGACCAUGUGGCGGCUGCUCCCGGCGCUGCGGGCCUUCACCUUCCUCAGGCCGCGUGAGUGUGACUACGGAAGGCUGGAGUCUGGAAACCCCACUUGGAGCGCCGACGACAUGGAUUCGGCGUUCGCGCGCUACCCGCACAUUCCGGGCGGCCUGCCUUGCUCCGUGGAGGAUCUACACAUCAACAUGCGCCUGAGUAGCCUGGAGCUCACGCAGCUCAGGGGCACCCUGAAGCCUCCGAUCUUCGAUCACAUAGAUCCCGACGAGAUGGAGGAGAUCAUGUGGCAGCCCAUAAACAGCGACGGGGAGCCCAUGAACAACGACGUCGUAUGGUUCCAGGAUCCUGACAUUGAAAAGCCGGCCAUCUUUGGCCCUUCGAUCAACGGCGAGCCCGAACCCGCCGAGCCGAGCGAGGCAUGGCCGUCGCGCGGCCCGCUCGCCAGCCGCCGGCGCGCCCUCAACGGGCUCGCGACGCUGGACGGCGUCAAGCGGCUGACGGUGCGGCUCGAGCUGCUGCACGAGGCCGGCACCAAGCUCAAGGACACGCCGCUGGCGGAGCUGCUGCCGCCCACGGUCGAGGAGCUGCGCCUGGUCGAGCCCAUCGCGGCCGUCUAUCUCAAGCUGCUAAGCCUCGACUCGUCCAUCAGCUUCCAGAACGGUUCCAUGUCGUCCUGGCGCCGCGGCCCGCUCUGGCGCCUCGACCCGGCGUCGUCGCCGCCGCCGCCGCCGCCGCCGCCCCUGGAGUCAGAGACGGCGACGCACUCGUGCCUGCUCGCGCUCCCGUCGGUCCGCCACGCGCGCGACCUGGGCCCCGCCGAGGUGGCCCUGGCCGAGGCGCUCGAGCGCCACGAGCGCUGGUACAGGAAGGACACGGACAACAGCGACGACGACACGGACAACAGCGACGAAGACACGCACAGCAGGAUUGACGAAAAGUAUAGGAGGCGCGAGGACGAGUACAACAGGGGCGACGUGUUCUCGCACAACGGCCCCUGCUUCCUCGACGACUGGAUGCUCGCCCGCGACCCCAUGCUAGGCCGCCGCUGCUGGGAGCCCCGCAGGGAGGGGGCGCGCCCGGCCCUCGAGGGCUACCUGGCGGACCUGCACGGCUGCCUGGCUGGGCUGGCGGGCGACGGGGCUGCGGCGGCGGCGGCGACGACGCCGAGGCUGCGCAGGGUCGUGCUGGUGCUGGCGCAGGAGCAGCACAGGGACCUGGAAGCCGACCCCGCGGAAAGCGACGCCAUAGUGCUGCGGUCGGACGUCCAGGCGACGCUGGAGGACCUGCGGGCGCGGUUUGCGGACCGAGGCAUCGUGUUCGAGGCGGUGCUGUACUCGGAGUUUGAGGGGACCGAGGGGGAGCAUACAGCCAAGAUGCACUUCCCCACCGCUAUCCUCCUCGCCCUCCCCGUCCUGGCCCUGGCCGCCCCGCGCCCGGCCGCCGCCACCGCCGGCCUCGCCGCCCGCGCGCCCAGCAGCAUCACAGCCGAGCAGCCGACCGUGACCCUCGAGCGCCGCGCCCACCCGCGCGCCUUUGCGCGCCAGCGCCGCGCCGAGACGGUGCACGACGUCGUGGUCGAGGGCGAGGACGACGACGAGGAGCCCAUGCGCCGCCGUCACCACAUCGCCGCCGCCGCCUCGGUCGUCCCCCGCUCGCACCCGCGCUCCUUUGCCGCCCGCCGCGCCCGCCGCUCUGUCGAGAUCCCCGCCAUGGCGUCCACUGCUACUGCUGCCGCUGCUGAUCAUGAUGUCCCCGUCGCCAUCCCGCGUCGCCACGCCCGCGCGUUCCCGAACAGGAGGAGCGAGGCCGAGAAGGACGUCGCGGAGGAGCAGGUCGGGGAGCCGCUCGCCGUGCGUUCCAGCGGGCGUAGCCACCCCAGGGCUUGGGCCGGCAGGGCUGCCAACUAG